UCACGCAUACACAUACACACACAUAUAUAUAUUAAUCUCCCAAAAGCCAAGAGUAUAUAUUUUAUCCAAUUAUCGUCCUUAUCAUCUUCUUCCUUCAAUUUUAGUUUUAUAUUACCAAAAGAAAAAAACCUUAUCCCUUCUCUCUCUCUUUCUUCUUUCCUCUAUUGUCUGCCAUGGCGAUUUCUACUAUUCUCUGAGUCUGUGAUCUUAAAGAUUUGAUGAGACAGAAACCCAGAAACUGAAAAACAAAAACCCAACUCGUGAUAUUUCGUUCCGACCAAAUCUGUCUGAUUUGUGAUCUGAACAAAGUACGGUAAUGGAGUUGAUGGCUAAACCAACCUUCUCCAUCGAAGUCUCUCAAUACGGAACCACCGAUCUACCGGCGACGGAGAAAGCUUCCUCUUCCUCUUCCUCUUUCGAGACAACAAACGAAGAAGGAGUAGAGGAAUCUGGUCUAAGUCGGAUCUGGUCAGGACAAACGGCGGAUUACUCAUCGGAUAGUUCAUCAAUCGGAACUCCGGGAGAUAGCGAAGAAGACGAAGAAGAAAGCGAAAACGAAAACGAUGACGUUUCAUCUAAGGAGCUAGGGCUUCGAGGGUUAGCUUCAAUGAGCUCUCUUGAAGAUUCUCUACCCUCAAAGAGAGGGUUAUCGAAUCAUUACAAAGGGAAAUCAAAAUCAUUUGGGAAUUUAGGAGAGAUUGGAAGUGUUAAAGAAGUAGCGAAACAAGAGAAUCCAUUGAAUAAAAGAAGAAGAUUACAGAUCUGUAAUAAAUUAGCAAGAAAAUCGUUUUAUUCAUGGCAAAACCCUAAAUCUAUGCCUCUGUUACCAGUAAACGAAGAUGAAGACGAUGAUGAUGAAGAUGACGAUGAAGAAGAUCUGAAAUCUGGGUUUGAUGAGAAUAAAUCAUCGAGUGAUGAAGAAGGAGUGAAGAAAGUUGUUGUAAGGAAAGGAUCUUUCAAGAACAGAGCUUAUAAGUCUAGGAGUUGUUUUGCACUUUCAGAUCUGAUUGAGGAAGAAGAUGAUGAUGAUGAUCAAUAAUUGCUUUGAUGAAAUUGAAUUUUUUUUUCUUUGUUCAUAAGUUUUUUUUUUUCGUUUCUGAAAAAAAAUAUAAUUUUAGUUUUUCGUUGCGCGAAUUAAUGUUUAAUUUUUUGUGCUUUUAAUUCGGGAAAAUUAAUGAUAUUUUUUUUAAUCGAAGGGAGAAAAAGUAAGUGUUUUGGUCCUUUCUUUUAGCUUAUCUGUUUCUUGUCCUUUUUCUCUAUCUUCUCAUUAUCGAUUCUGUUUUUGUUUUACAUUUUUAAUUUAGUGAAAGGUCAAGUCAAUAUUGUUUGGAUAUUUUCUAGAAAAGUGAGCAUGUGUGUAGGUGGUGCAAUAGUAUAAUAACCCUAGUCUGAAAAUGGAGCAUGUAAAUUAAUUGAUUUUAGUUUAAAGCAAUGAGCAAUUUUAUCAUGUAAUGUGGAAGAGUUUAAGCAUAAAUAUGUACAAGGGUUAGUUUGGUGGAUGGCCAAUAGAGUUUGUCACAAACUCAUAAGCUUUUUAUUUGUAAUUGAUGUUUUCUUUUUUGUGGGUAAGUUUCAUCGAAUUUUCGAUACAAGGGCGGAACUUUUUUUGUAUGUUAAAACAUGCGGAGUUAUCAAGAAAAGGCAGAAAAUAUUUUCAAA